AUGGGGAAUAAUGUACAUAAACCUCCAUCAACAAGAGAUUUGCCAGCAUCGAACCUUAGCGAUUUUUAUGUAGCCUGUCGAAAUGGUGCUGUUGACAUGGUUCAAAAUCAUCUGAAAACAAUAAGAAUCGAGGACAUGAAUCGUCUAGAGCCAAAUGGUAGCACAGCUCUACAUGCCGCAUCAUAUAACGGUCAUACGACCAUUGUUCAAGAAAUCCUCAAAACGGAUAAAGCUAUUCGAUCAACUAGAAAUAGGUUUGGAUUUACAGCUUCUGAUGAAGCAAAAACACUCGAAAUCAAACGAUUAUUUUAUCGUCCAAUAUCUGAUCAAUACAGAUUCAGAGGUAAUGAUACAAAAACCGAAUGGACUAAGGCUGAUGCAGGUGACGAAAAGCGUGCAGCUCAAAAACGAUGGUAUAGCACUGAUACAUGGAAUAAUCCGAGCGUUGACGGUGACGUAAAUCAUAUAGUCAAGGAUUAUUUAGACAAAAGUAUUUAUAACAUUAAAGGAAUUGAUCUGAUUAGAUGGUUCAUGAAUAAAGCUCGUGAGGAGGAUAAUGCAAUCUAUGUAAUCAAAGCGUACACGGCCGAAACAGAAUAUUACCGAGUUCUUAACAAUCAACUAGUUGAAGAAACAAAAGAACAUAACUCUUAUGGACUGUCUCGCAUCGUUGAUAUUAUGUGUAAUCAUCCAUCUCUUAAUACAUACGUAUUCAAGGGUUAUACGAAUCGAGGGAUGAAAAUUAGUGACGACGAUUUAACACACUAUCCAAUUGGCACUCGUGUAAUAAACAAAGCUUUUCUAUCGACCUCAACAGAUCAACAAGUUGCUGAAGGAUUCGCAUCAUCAUCAAAAACAUAUGAUGAUGGGAAGAUGUCAGGAUUGUGCAUCUAUAAAAUUCGUAAUGAACGUUCAGCUUUUGACAUUACAAAGAUAUCAGAAUAUUCAUUUGAGAAAGAGAUACUCAUAAUUCCUGGCUGUAUAUUUGAAGUAAAGGUUAUCCAGCGUCUGCACGCUGGGAUUACGAUUGAAUUAGAAGAAUGUCCUCCUUUUGAGCUCAAAUUUGAAAAUGGAUUCCCAGUUGAUUAA